AUGGGGAACUGCUUAGGUACUACCAAGCCAAAAACACCUCCAAAACCACAGGUUUUCACAGCUUCGCAAGCAUAUCCCGCUAAUAAUUAUUCACAACCACCAUUACAUUAUGCCCAAAAUCCUCACAAUUCAUUACUACCACUUCCGCCAAAUCAAGUUCCUCCUCAACCAUAUAUGCAUUUACCACCAAAUACGCAACCAUUCCCGCCAUUGCAACGGAAUUUAUCAUACAUGCCUGUACAGCAGCCGCCAUACCCCCAACAAUUCCCUCCAAUGCAACAACCAUAUAACCCUCAAUUAAUAAACCCGUUAAAUCCACAAAUCAAUGAUAUGCCUUUAGGAUUUAAUCCACAUUCACAAAUACCACAAAUUCCAACAUCUGAUCAUGGGCUAAAUCCAGUAGAUUCUUCAAAUAAUGUCGAAGGGGUUAAUAGUGCAAAGGUGUUGGCUCAGUAUGUUACAAAAGCCGCUCAAACUUUUGAAGAUUAUGGUAUCGAUGAUGUUGAAAAAAAUUUGCAACCGCCUUCAAAAGAUGAAUUUUGUCUCAAUUGUCAAUCCGAGAAAGUUGAUGUUGAUCCUGAUGGAUUUGCCGGUGAAUAUUGUAGUAAUGAGUGUCGAAAAGAAGCAGUUUCAUUUGCAGAUGCUAUUUGUAUUCAAUGUAAAGAAUAUCCACAAGAAAAUGCAUUAGCAGGAAGCGAUUUUUGUUCUGAUGAUUGUGAAAUAUCUAUUAAAAAAAUGGCACCGUGUUUGCUGAAAUUACCAUCAAGUGGUCAAAAAUACAAAGAUAUAACUAAUCAAUUUACAGCUGCUUGGAAACAUCCUCAUAAAAUGGUACCAGAAAUUACUGCUAUAUGGAAGAUAUUUUGUUCAGAAGAUUUAAAUAGUCGAUAUAAUGUGUAUCGUGAUGAGGUUGAAAAUCAUCACAAAUUGGCUGGUAAAUUUUUUCCAAAAGGUGAUGGAAAACGUAAAAUGAGUCCAGGAAAUGAACAAAGAAGAUUUCAUGGAACAAAAACAACAUGUAAUAUAGGUUUAACGAGUGAUGGUAGUGUAUGUGAAGAUUCAACAUGUGCUGUUUGUUCUAUUAUAAAAGGAGGUUACAAGUUGAGAUUUGUGGGCACUGGUACAAUAAGUGCAGCAUUUCAAAGAUUUGGCAGGGGUAUAUAUUUUUCUGGAACAUCAUCUAAAUCUGAUGAUUAUAAUGAAGGUUCAUUAAAAUAUUUUCAAGGUUCAAAUUACAAAGUAAUGAUAUUGAAUAAAGUUGUUGUUGGACAAGGAUACCAAUUAACUAAAGAUAAUAUGAAGUUAGUUGAACCCCCACCAGGUUUUAAUUCAAUAUUAGGUGAACCAAGUAAAACUGGCAACUUAAAUUAUGAUGAAGUUGUUGUAUAUAGAGAAGAAGCUUCUAUUCCUCAGUAUUUAAUUGUUUACAAAGUUAAAUAA